UGAAAAAGCAUAAAAAUCUAUCGCCCGCUUCGUCUCUUGACUAGGCCUACCGAUGAAGGCAAGACCGAUAUUUCGCGACAGCAGCAUAUUUCGACAAAGGUAUUCGUUAGGGGAAAAAACAAUGUACGGGAAUUGUAAACUGGGCUACAUUGUUACUUACUUCCUCCUCCCACCCCUUCAAUGCACGAAAAAACGAAACUACACAUUUCUGAAACCACCAUAUCAUUAAUGAGAAGAGAGCGUUAAGCAACUGAGAAGACGUUUCGAUUUACAGUGAGAUUUGGACAAAUGGCAUUUUAUAACCAGGAACCUUUUUAUAAUCCGGCCUAUUAAACAUGAUCACACAAGCAGUAAUAGUGGAUGUAGUAAAGAGAGUCUCCCUUUCACCGGCUCUAUCCAAGGUGGGCUUCAGGAGGGGAAGACCAUCACUAUCACUGGGAGAGUUCACCAUGGGGCAGACAGGUGGGUCACCACUCACCAAUAUAAGGUUCCAUGUGAAUUUGCAGUGUGGUUCUAGGGCAGGGGCAGACAUUGCCCUUCACUUCAAUCCACGCUAUGACAGUCACCCUGGAUAUGUGGUGACCAACACCUUGCAGCAAUCCAGAUGGGGGACAGAGGAGCGGAAGCAGCAUUCCCCCUUCCAACAUGGCUCCAGCUUCAGCCUCGAGAUAACUGUCCAGAGGGACUUCUUCCAGUUGAAAGUGAAUGGGAACCAUUUCAUGACCUUCAAGCACCGAAUCCCGUUUUACUCAGUGGACACCAUCUCAGCCGAUGGGAAAGUGGAGUUGACCUCCAUCGUCUUCCAGAACCCUGCGCCCAUCAUUCCUGCACAGCCAGGAUUUCCGGGGCAACCAGGAUUCCCUUCUUACCCGGGAUUUCCGGCGCAACCAGGAUUCCCUUCUUAUCCAGGAUUUCCGGGGCAACCAGGAUUCCCUUCUUGUCCGGGAUUUCCGGGGCAACCAGGAUUCCCUUCUUGUCCGGGAUUUCCGGGGCAACCAGGAUUCCCUUAUCCAGGAUUUCCCGCACAACCAGCUGUUCCAUACAAGAACAUGAUCGAUGGAGGACUCUACUCUGGACGCACCAUCAACAUCCAGGGAGUGGUUAACCCCAAUGCCAAUAGGUUCCACAUUAACCUACUGUUCAACUCUGGGAUUGCGCUGCACUUCAACCCCCGAUUUGACGAGACACUAGUGGUACGCAACAGCAAGCUGAGAGACCAGUGGGGAAAGGAGGAGCGCUCUGGUGGAAUGCCCUUCCACAGGGGCCAGGCCUUCACGCUGUCUAUUUACUGUGAGGGUCAGUGCUACAAGAUAGUGGUCAACGGGAAUCAGACGAGCACCUACAAACACCGCCACACCCUCCUCCAGCAGGUCAACAUCCUGGAGGUGGAUGGAGACCUCAGUUUGACCUCUGUGAUGGUUUAGUGCUGUGGGUCACAACGGUCUUUGGUGACCUAGCCACUUGUUUCAUUUUGUCUCACCUCUGACCCAAACCAUUUGUAUUUUUUGAUCUCUUCUUGCUAUGAUAAAAAUGACAUUAACUUGU